UGAUAAUUUUCUAAACAACGAACAAUUAACAAAAUGACAAAUGAAAAUGACAAUGGCAUAGUUUACGCAAAUUGAUUGCGCGGAGGUUUUGAACUUGUGACCUCCAUUGUUGUCCACUGAAUUAGGUAUGUCGAAGAAGUCCACCGUGCACGAUCACACCUGCGCCGAUUCGCAGAUUCAAACUUAGAAAGGCGGCCAGUCGGCGCUGGAAGUGAUGUCGGCGACGAAAUACUCUCACCCGUUCCUGAACGGCUUGAAGCCGAUGCCCGAAGGCUUCGAGGAUGAAAUACAGCAAAUUCGGGAAUGGAUGAAAAGUCAGCCUCACCUGCCCUACAUAUCGGACGAGUACGUGAUCCUCUUCCUGCACUCCAACUACUGCAAGAUCAAGGAGACGAAGGACACAAUCGAGUGCUACUUCACACUGAGGAACAACUCCCCUGACAUUUUUACCAAUCGCGAUCCACUGUUACCGAAGAAUAAAACCAUAUUGGACAUCACCCAAAUGAUAGCUCUACCGAAGCUAUCGCCCGAAGGCUACCACAUCCUGCUUUAUCGCUUCGCAGACACCGAUUAUAGCAAACUGAACUUCGCAGACGCCGUGCGAGUGUUCUGCAUGUUUAAUGACGUGAAACUCUCAGAGGACAGACUCUCUGAGGGCUACAUCGUCAUCUUUGAUAUGAAGGGAUGCAGCCUUGGCCAUCUCACAAGGGUCACUUUACCCGCGUUGCGAGCCUUUAUGCUCUAUAUUCAGAACGCGCAUCCGUGUCGCUUGAAGAAGAUUCAUGUAGUCCACACGGUAUCGUUCAUCAACCAAGUGAUGUGUCUCGUUAAGCCCCUGAUAAACUCCAACCUCCUCAACCUACUCAACUUUUCCUCAGAAGGCCCUGCCUCCGUAGUUGAUGUGGAAUUCUUGCCCGAAGACUACGGCGGACCUGAAGCACCAGUCAAACAGCUCCACGAAGAACAAAGGAAAGUUAUGGAGACAAUCUAUAGAGAUUGGCUAAUAGAGUCAGAGAUAUUCAAAGUUGAUGAAAAGAAACGGAUCAAGAAACCAAGCAAAGGCAUGUUCGCAAGCUUUACAAGUAGUUUUAAGAGCUUGGAUAUUGACUGAUCUUUCCAACUAAGAAUCACAGUCCA